AUGGCUGCCUCGCACUUAAGCAUGAAUCUCCCAGCGAGCCAGCCUGCACAUGCUCAACCCAAUUUACCUGCUUUGCCUCCGCACCUGCAGUCCGACACACAUUUGACUGCUCAUCUCGCCAGUCGCUUUCAUGUUUCUCUACCAACAGCAAAGCUCUCCUCUCAGGCGCUCAUCUGUCUGAAUACCUACACUUCCGCAUCCAGGGGCCCAAAUGGUGGGAAGGAUGGGAGUGCGGCGGCUGAGGCAGAAGACCUAGCAAGACGUGCCUGGACGAGACUUGGUACCAGAGGCGAGGACCAGUCAGUCAUCUUCUUUGGAGAGUCUGGCUCGGGCAAGACUACCAUUCGUUCUCACUUGUUGUCAUCUUUCCUCGGCCUCUCUUCGACACCCCUUUCCAAUAAAUUGUCCCUGGCUGCCUACGUUUUCGAUACACUCACGACCACAAAGUCUCAAACGACGCAAACGGCUUCGAAAGCCGGUCUGUUCUACGAGCUCCAAUACGAUGGCUCGUCGACAAACCCUUUGCUCAUAGGUGGCAAAUUGCUUGACCAUCGCCUGGAACGCAGCAGAGUCACCUCAGUCCCUACUGGCGAGCGAAGCUUCCAUGUCCUGUAUUAUCUUCUGGCCGGUACAAGUGCAGCCGAAAAAUCACACCUUGGCCUUGACCAGUCGGCUGGUGUAAGGACUGGGGGCCCAGGCCUACAUCGGUCUGCAUCGACAGCGCAGAAGAGAUGGAGGUAUCUUGGUCACCCCACACAGCUCAAAGUCGGCGUGAAUGACACUGAAGGCUUUCAACAUUUCAAGACUGCCUUGCGAAAGCUCGAAUUCCCAAGAUCGGAUAUUGCAGAGAUCUGCCAGGUAUUGGCUGCAAUUCUCCACAUCGGCCAGCUGGAAUUUGGUGUAGGUCAAGCCACGACCACCGCUGCUGAGGAGAGUGGUGGCUAUUCUCAUGAAGGCGGCGAGAGUGUGACUGUGGUGAGAAACACCGAGACGUUGGGUCUCGUGGCCGCUUUCCUGGGGCUUUCUGCCCAAGAGCUGGAAGAGUCGCUCCGCUACAAGACUAAGACCAUUCAUAGGGAGCGCGUGACCGUCAUGCUCGACCCCAAGGGCGCGCGGGACAGCGCGGAUGAGCUGGCCAGAACUCUCUAUGCUCUCCUGGUCGCAUAUAUCAUCGAGUCCAUUAACCAGCGGACAUGUGCAGCCGAAGAAGCUGUGGCCAAUACUAUUUCUAUCAUCGACUUUCCUGGAUUUGCCGAUCAGCCUUCUACGGGGUCUGUGUUGGAUCAGCUCCUGAACAAUGCUGCGUCGGAGAGUCUGUACAAUAUCUGCCUCCAGAGCAUCUUCGAGAAGCCGGCUGAGAUGCUGGAGCGGGAAGAAGUUAGCGUGCCUGCUACCAGCUACUUCGACAAUUCGGAAGCGGUCCGAGGUCUGCUGAGGCACUCGAAUGGGCUUUUGGCAAUUCUAGACGACCAGACAAAACGCGGCAGAUCAGACAUGCAGCUAUUGGAGAGCCUACGAAAGAAAUUUGAGAACAAGAACAAAUCCAUUACUGUCAGCAGCUCAACCUCUGUCAUUCCUGGAAGCAACUUCGCCACCACGAAUUUGGCAGCGUCGUUCACCGUAAGACAUUACGCUGGAGAGGUCGAGUAUCCAGUCAACGGGCUCGUUGAGUCGAAUGGCGAUACUGUCUCGGGCGAUCUCAUGAACCUGAUGAGAUCCACCAAGAGUGACUUUGUCGGCAACUUGUUCGGUCAAGAGGCGCUCAACACAGUCACGCACUCAGCAGACAAGACUGCUAUAGUUCAAGCACAAGUCAGCUCGAAACCUUUGCGCAAACCCAGCAUGGCUCGUAGGAAGCACGAUCAGCUUGCACGCCUUGCAAGCCGCAGGGCCGACCGUUCACCUGAGCCGCAAGAUACAGAGUCGCAGACUGGUGAGACUGGCUUGAGACGAACGAAGACAAGUGCCGGAGGUCUUUCCCACGGCGCCGCUUCUCAGUUUCUCUCUUCAUUGGACAACAUCAACAAAUCUUUGACGGGCCACAAUGUCAACAACUACUUCGUUUUCUGUCUCAAGCCAAACGAUCGCCGCAUUGCCAAUCAAUUUGACAGCAAGUGUGUCCGUCAACAAGUCCAGAUCCUCGGCAUUGCUGAGAUCAGCCAAAGGCUGCGAACUGCAGACUUCAGCACCUUCUUGCCCUUUGGCGAAUUCCUGGGAUUGGCCGAUGUGGACACUGGUGUGGUGGGGAGUGAUGCUGAGAAGACGCAGCUUGUACUCGAUGCGAAGAACUGGCCUGCCAAUGAAGUCAAGAUCGGCACGACGGGCGUGUUCUUGAGCGAGCGAUGCUGGGCAUCCGUUGCUGUGACUGGCUCGCAAGCUGCACGUUUCUACGGCGUUGACGAAGACGGCAUGUCUGUUGGGACGCCAGGAGGCAACCCGUUUUCCGAUUCAAAAGCUCGUCUGCACUCUUCGGACAAUACUCCCGGCGUUGGUUCAUACAUCUACGGCGAUGAGACCAAGGGCGGUGGCUACUUCGGUAGCAAGGAAGUGGACUCCAAAUCUGAAGCUGGUGCCUCUGCUUUCCACCAAGGAGACAUGUUCCGCAACAUGGACACCAAAGAAGAAUUGGCUGAGAAAGGCAACAAAAAGAGGAUGGAAGAAGUCGAUGUCCUAGACACCAGCGGCAAGCGAAAGCGCUGGUUAUUCCUGGUCUACCUGCUCACAUGGUACAUCCCGGACUUCACCAUCAAAUGGAUCGGCCGUAUGCCCCGCAAAGACAUUCGAGUGGCCUGGCGAGAAAAGCUGGCGAUCAAUCUCCUCAUCUGGUUUUCCUGCCUCUUCGCCUGCUUCUUCAUUGUGGUGAUGCCCGAAUUGAUUUGUCCACGGCAGGACGUCUAUUCGGCUGCAGAACUAUCGUCUCACAAUGGCAAAGGCAGCGCAUCAUCUUACGUCUCUAUUCGGGGCGUCGUGUUCGACUUGGGUGCAUUUAUGCCAAAUCACUAUCCCUCGAUUGUCCCCACGAAGGAUCUGGAAAACUAUGCUGGCAUCGAUGCGACAGGCCUCUUCCCAGUUCAAGUCUCGGCGCUAUGCCAAGGCAAGGACGGUCGGAUAGAUCCCUCCGUGCAAUUGGACUAUACAAGCACCAACACGACCGGUUCUGCCAAUGUUAUCAGUGGCGACGACCCAAAUCGCAGGUAUCACGACUUUAGGGCAUUCACCAAUGACCCCCGCGCAGAUUGGUUCUUCGAGCAGAUGAUGAUGCUUAAGGGUAACUACUACAAAGGUCACAUCGGCUAUACACCUCAAUAUGUCAAGAAACUGUCUACGGAACAAAAGUCUAUCGCUAUAAUCCAUGAGAGGGUCUAUGAUUUCACCACCUAUAUUCAGGGUGGUAGGACUAUCAAGGUCGCGGAAGGCGAAGAUCUCCCCACCGAUGUAGACACCAACUUCAUGAGUGAUGCUGUCGUUUCACUAUUCCAGCAAAGGUCCGGGCAAGAUGUGUCAAGAUACUGGGACGCUCUUAGCAUUGGGGCAGCCGAGAAGAGCAGAAUGCAACUCUGCCUCGACAACUUGUUCUUCGUUGGCGUCACCGAUACGCGAAACUCGGCCCAGUGUCUGUUCGCUCGGUACAUUCUGCUUGCGAUCUCUAUCCUGUUGUGUUCAGUCAUCGGCUUUAAAUUUCUUGCGGCUCUGCAAUUCAGCCGGAAGACGGUGCCAGAGAACCUCGACAAGUUCAUUAUCUGCCAGGUGCCUGCAUACACUGAGGACGAAGACUCUCUUCGUCGCGCCAUUGAUUCUGCAGCUCGCAUGAAGUACGAUGACAAGCGAAAGCUACUCAUCAUCGUCUGCGAUGGUAUGAUCAUUGGUCAAGGCAACGAUCGCCCCACUCCUCGCAUCGUCCUAGAUAUUCUAGGUGUCUCUGAGACUGUUGAUCCGGAGCCAUUGAGCUUUGAAUCCCUCGGCGAGGGUUUGAAGCAACACAACAUGGGCAAAGUCUACUCCGGCCUGUAUGAGGUUCAGGGCCACAUCGUUCCAUUCAUGGUUGUGGUCAAGGUUGGCAAACCUUCCGAGGUAUCACGUCCUGGCAAUCGCGGCAAACGAGACUCACAAAUGGUUAUCAUGCGCUUCCUCAACAGAGUUCACUACAACCUGCCGAUGAAUCCGUUGGAGCUCGAAAUGCACCACCAGAUUCGCAACAUCAUUGGCGUCAACCCCACAUUCUACGAAUUCAUGCUACAAAUUGACGCUGAUACCGUUGUUGCGCCUGAUUCGGCCACACGAAUGCUGUCGUCGUUCCUCCACGACACCCGAAUCAUUGCGGUAUGCGGUGAGACUGAAUUGAGCAAUUCCAAGUCAUCGAUCAUUACUAUGAUUCAGGUGUAUGAGUAUUAUAUAUCGCACAACCUUACCAAGGCGUUCGAAUCUCUAUUCGGAUCAGUCACGUGUUUGCCUGGUUGCUUCAGCAUGUAUCGAAUUCGGGCUGCGGAGACUGGUAAGCCAUUGUUUGUGUCGAAGGAAAUCGUCCAGGACUAUUCGGAAAUUCGAGUCGACACUUUGCACAUGAAGAAUUUGCUUCACUUGGGAGAGGAUCGAUAUCUGACAACGCUGCUCCUCAAGCACCAUCCGAAGUUCAAGACCAAGUACAUCUUCACCGCUCACGCCUGGACUAUUGCACCUGACAGCUGGACGGUGUUCAUGUCUCAACGUCGUCGCUGGAUCAACAGUACGGUGCACAACCUUAUGGAGCUGAUCCCACUGCAACAGCUCUGCGGCUUCUGCUGUUUCAGCAUGCGCUUCAUCGUCUUCCUAGAUCUUCUUUCGACUAUCAUUGCGCCUGUGGCCGUUGCUUACAUUACAUACCUGAUCGUUUUGCUGGCGCUCAAUUCGUCGGUCGUGCCGUUGAUGGCGUUCGUGCUACUUGCGGCCAUCUACGGUCUCCAAGCUAUCAUCUUCAUCCUUCGACGAAAAUGGGAGAUGAUUGGAUGGAUGAUCAUCUACGUCCUUGCGAUGCCUAUUUUCUCGCUCGGCUUGCCUCUGUAUUCAUUCUGGCACAUGGAUGACUUCUCGUGGGGUAACACACGUCUGGUCACGGGUGAGAAGGGCAAGCAGAUUCUCAUUUCUGACGAAGGCAAGUUUGAUCCCGACUCCAUUCCGAAGAAGAAAUGGGAAGAGUAUCAGGCGGAGCUUUGGGAUGCCCAGACACAACGAGACGAGACUAGAUCUGAAGUUUCCGGUUAUAGCUACGGCACAAAGUCGUACUAUCCCGCCGGAUCUGUCUACGGAGGAGGAGCGGGAGACCAGCAGCAACUGCUCGCUGGAUCUCGUUCGGUCUCUCAGCUUGACAUGCGUCCAAGUAUGUAUGGGAUGCCGACUGGGUACAGCCAGUCUCGCAUAUCGUUCGCGCCUUCAGAGAUGCUCGGCGCUCAACCAGCAAGAUCUGUGGCAGACAUGGAGAUGGCCGAUCUUACUGGCUUGCCGACUGACGACAUGCUUCUGAACGAGAUUCGGGAGAUCCUGCGGACAGCAGAUCUGAUGACGGUCACCAAAAAGGGCGUGAAGCAAGAACUGGAAAGGCGUUUCAACUGCAGCCUCGAUGCCAAGAGAGCAUAUAUUGGAAGUGGUAAGUGUCAAUCGAUCCAUACUGAGUGA